CCACCUUCUUGACAAAGGUGAGAGGAUAAGAUGGCCACGGCGACCCAGGCUCCCACGAGCCUCCCGGCGCCGACUCGACCGCGGUUGCAAGCCAUCAACCAGACCUUCUCCGAUCUCAACGAGCAAAUACACCAGGCCACGCAGAUCAUUGGCCUUCCUGAUGACUGGGACUCGCUUACAGGCGAAGCGCGCUCAAAGAUUGCCAAGCGCAUUGUUGGCGCAAGGGCAGAUUGGGUUUUGCGGUGGAUCCUCGAGAAACUGAAAGACACCGCAGAUGGUGGCGCUCAAGUGCGGGCGAGCACGAAGGCAUGGAAGCUACUUGACUGGAUGAUCGAGGUGCUUCCGGUGUCACGGUGCGCGCCGCAUCUGAGAGACGCAGGGUUUUUGACCAUCCUCGAAAGAGUUCUCGAAGAGAGAUAUAGUGACGAUGCCGUGAUCCAGCCAGAGCCGAUACCACAGGGAAGCCACCCGCGAGACGACUCGAGCGAGACGGUACAGGAAGAUCCGCAGCCCUCACGCAAACGGAAACGCGGCUCUGGCGCGAGCACACCUUCCAAGAGAGCUGCCCUUGAGUCCAGCGGCUCCGUAACACUGUUUGAAGCUCUGGCCACUACAGUGCGCUCGAUAAAAGACAAAGGCAAUGCGCAGGAAAAGAGGGAGGAAUCUAUCCAGUCGGAGCACAUGAAAAUGGUGUUAAGGGCGGAGAGCGCACAGGCAGCGAGGGUCCUCAAAAAUUGGCUGAAUGCUGUUUUGCGGAUUCACUCAUCAACACAGAGGACAUCUGCUCACUUCGAUCAUUUGGACUUAUCUUUGAUUGUGGACAUCUGGGAGCUGCGCGCCAUCGACACCAAGGAUAACACUGGCGCGUCCGUGGACCAGUUCUCGACAGAAUGCUUGAUACCGAGCCUGCUUCUUUCGCAAGCAUUACACCAAGCAAGAAAGAGCGGGUCUGACUCUUCCAAUUUCAGUAACACUUUGUCAGUUCUAGAUCGGCUUAUUGCUAAGCAUGUUCUUAUUCCCUCGCGGACGGCCUUCUUCAACGACCGAAGCGGAAAAGACACCCCGCGGCAUAAUGGGAAGGCCGAGCUUCUUUCCAGCAGUCUGGCACCGCUCAGUGCUAAGUUGCUGCAGGCUGCCCAAAUCCAAGAUAGCGGCGUGGAAAUACCGGUCUAUUUUGCGCCCUUAUUUGCCGCUGUCCCACACUUGCUUCACCUUGUCAUACGCUCGUCACCAGCGCGCUCGCCAAAAACUAGGACGACAGAAAAGCCAUGGAUCCAGGCUUCACUAACGACUCUUUCUCAGUGUGUAGGGUGCGAACUGUCCCCCCCAGAGUCCGCAGCUCCGAGUGCUUCCAUAGCCACAGUUGAGGCGUGUGUUACUAUCUUGGCUUCAUACGAUGUCAGCAUAGAUACGCAGGUUCUCAGGGAUAUCUUUUGGUUCCAUUCUGGUCUCAAAUACCCAUUACACAAGGAAACAUCCGUAAAUUGGUCUCUUAUUGCAGCCCUAGUAGAGAACGAUUCGUCCAUAUUCUUGGCCGACCCAAAAGCAGCGAAAUCGUCUUCUGAAGAAAGACCAGAUGAUCUCGCCGCGUUCCUAUUUGAGCACAUCUCCACGGCCAAGUUUGAGAGUCCUGAGCUACACGAUGACGAUGGGAUGGAAGUCGAUAACGAUCAACCAGUGAUUGCUGCUGCAGUCCAGAAAACAAAAGCUUUCUCAAGAGAAAACGCGGUGAAAAAGAUCAUCGUACCUGUUCUACACGCGUUCUCAAGGAAUCGUCAGCUGCUAGGGUUCAUAGAACUGUGGGACACGGAGCUGCGCAGAACGGUGCUUGCCAAGCGAGACCCACUGGCAGAGCUGCAUCCACGAGUUUGGCAGGACCGGCACUUGCUUUUAGCCUUGGCCGAAGUGUUCGAGCAGUCCUUAACGCUCACGCAGAUCACGACCCUGUUCCAAAAGCAUGCUGAACGCUUAGAGCAAUACACAAAGAAAAAUCCAAUAGAAGCUCUGAGCAGUGCUGUCAUCACUCAAGCAAUCCUUCGAUCCAUCAAAUCGGACGAGGCCAUUGAUGCAUUACAGCCAACAAUGCUCACGGCGUGGAAGGUCUUCCAAGCGUGGGUUCAGCACGAUGGUCCAAGCCAGUCCACAGCUCUUGAAAUGUCUUGGACAGCUCUUUGUUUCCUAUUGAGGCAUCUGUGGCCGAUCCAUCUGCACGGCUCUGAAGCUCUUCAAACAGAGUUCAUCGAAGCUUUGCUGGACAGAGCAGCUAAUGAUGUUGACUCAGCGCGCAAGGAAGACCCCAACAGACAUGUCCCAUCGUCUUGUCGGACGGCUGCUGCCAUCUUCGUCUUCGUUGCCUGCGACUUCCUCCAUACCUUGCCAGACACGAGAGACGUUAUCCAGAAGAGGCUGCAAAAGACGUUGAAGGCCAUGACCCCUGGGCAGAUGGAACCACAGCAGUUGAAUACAACUAUCGAGCUGUUCUGCAUCGAGUAUGCGCAGCUACUGGCUCCUUUCGAUGCGGACACUGCCCAAAAGAUCCUAUUUCGCUUGGUGGAAACCGUGUCAGGGUUCGAUAUCGAACUGGGCGGUCCACUCAUUGAGACACUCUCGGUCUCAAUUUUUAAGCAGGGCAACGCUGUCGUUGAAGCAUCUUUUGUUUCCGUGCUCUUGAACGCCCUAGAUCAGUCGGGCGAGAAUUUACGCGCGGCCUCUUUGGGUGCUCUUCUACAUAUCUCUCCGUCAUCUCUCUCACGAGAGCAGAGAGAGGCUGCACUAGACAAACUUCUGGGGUUAAUUACAACCUCGCCCAGCAUUGCAGCGUCGAUUCUGAACAUCAUGGUCAACUUGAUGCAGGUUCCAAAUGCCACCGCGAAAAUAUCGUCAGAUGGAAAUGCGCUCUUCAACAUUGCACAAGCUCUGCAUAAAGUCGAAUUAGAAGUGCCUCCCGCUAUCCAGCUACUACAAAACCUGGUAGAACUCACGCUUGGCCACCUCCUGCCGAACAAAGAUCAGGCACAGAACAAAGUCUUCUUUACGCAAUACGAAGAGAAGAUCACUGCUUCCUUAAAAAAGCCAAAGACGUACUCGCCGGCAAGGCUUGCUGUGCUUAACGGAACACUGCUUGCAACACACGCAUCAGAAUCCCUCAUCCCUCUUUCGCAGUAUCUGGAAUUUCUCUUUAAAGCCCUAAGCAAGUGGGCUUCCUCGCAAGAAUUUGUGUUACGUGCUUACAAUCAAAUACCUCUGUCAGUGUUGCGCAAGGACGACACACUGUUCGAAGCAGUACAAGAGAACCUUAGACGAUGGAUGAAUGACCGAUACUCUCUCGACAGCACACUCAAGAAAUCUUCGACCGUCUCCGAGGUACAAGACAAUAUGUCGCCUACCGUGCUGGUCACCAUAGCCAAGUUUGACCUCCACAAGCUCAGCGGUGGCACGCCGAGGCUGUUCGAGCUUGCUGCGAGUUUGCUCUGGAAACAGUCUUCACAGACAGACAACACGCAUGUUCUGCAAUGCCUGAGAGACACCCUGGCUCCUCUCAAUGUCUCGGAGAAGUUACACCUUGCGCAUGGCUGUAUCUCGCUUGCGGAUGACGACAUCCCUCCUCAAAUCGCUUACCAGCUGCUUCACGUUGUAGUAUUUGCCAUGGAUGACAAAGAGGAAAUCGAGUCUGAUCUGAAGGCGCAACAGAUGGCUCUGUUACCUGAGAUCUGCGCUCGACUGAACGAGGUCCGAGAUGAUGCAGCAUUUAACACGCUGCUCGACAACGUCAACACGAUCCUUCUCCACAAGCCCAACAUGACUUCACAACACAACAUCGAGUGCGUCCUCAUGGCCCUCCUGAAACUUGCUACAAGAAGCAGCUCCCGACUCUCACCUGCGCACGCGCCCGCAAUAUACGCGCGCCUCUGCGAGACAGCGCGCCUCGUCCUGCUCCUCCACCGCAGCCGUCUUGGAGGCCGCUUCCACCUGCUUCUGCCCUUACUUCAGGGGCUCCUCCUCUGUCUCUUCAUCCCCAACCUCAACCGCGGCGCUGCUCUCCCUCCCUGGCUCGACUCCCUAUCGCCCGCAAACCCCACUCGCCUUACGGCCACCAACGCAGCACAGUACACCCACCUAGUCAGCACGCUCUGCUCGCCAACACAAUCCUCUGUCCAGCGCACGCGAAGCGCAACGACUCUCAAUGACCCUAUCAAGGCCGCGCGCGAAUACGCUUCGCAGUACGUAUAUCCGCUGCUCAGCUCGUUCUGUCGGUUCCAGUUGUACGGCAGGCUGGAUGCAGAAGUCAGAGAGAAGCUUAUGCCCGGUAUCUGGGAGAUUGUGAGUGUGGGACAACUGAACAAGGAUGCUAUCGAUGGUAUGUUUGCGGGACUCGGAAAAAGUGAGAGGGAUGUUUGGAGGGGCGUUUGGGGAGAGUGGGUGAGGGUGCAUGGACGGAAGGAGAGGAAAGUCAAAGAGGAGCGGUGAGACGGGACAGUACUUGCGUAGUGUGUGAAUGCGCUUAUUUCCUGCGCAAUAGUAGGUUCCACUACGAAGGUGGCCAACAGGCCUGGGUUUGUCAUACUUUCAGUCUCUAUACAGAACAAUUCUUUCAGUUCUUAUCCU